AUGGACAACCAGCCAAUUGACUCUAAGGCAGUCAACGCCAGCGAUGAGUCUAAGCAUAUGAGUGAUGAGUCUAGACACUCCUCUGAUGCCAUCGAGAGACAUGACACGAUGAAGCUGAAAAUUCAAAACUCCACUGCUAAGUCGUUUGGUGUGAGGAAGUCUGAAGUCAUCUGUGCUCAGUACUCUCAUCCAGCGAUGAUCGGCUUGUCCUACUUCUGUGUCUUCCUUGUUGCCUACACUUAUGGUUUGGAUAACACUGUGAGAUACCAGUUGCAGACGUAUGCUCAGAGCUCUUACGCUCAACACUCGCUUAUUUCCACUGUUAACGUCAUCAAGACAGUGAUUGCUGCUGCUUCUCAACCAACUUACGCCAGAUUGUCGGAUAUUUUUGGUCGUGUGGAGUUGGUGGUGGUUUCCAUCAUAUUCUAUGCCUUGGGAACGGUCAUUCAGUCCCAGGCCUAUGAUGUCCAGCGUUUCGCUGGUGGUACUGUGCUCUAUCAGGUUGGUUACUCUGGUAUCAUUCUUAUGUUGGAGGUGUUUUUGGCUGAUAUGUCCAACUUGAACUGGAGAUUGUUUGCCUCUUUCGUUCCAGCAGUGCCUUUCAUCAUUAACACCUGGGUCGGUGGUGAUGUUCUUGCUGAAUUCAACAGGAGAUACUCCUGGAACUUCGGUAUUGGUAUGUGGGCCUUCAUCUUCCCAUUGGCCUGUGUUCCAUUCCUUUGCUGCUUGAUUCACAUGAGGAUCUUGGCAAGAUCCACCCCUGAGUACCUUCAGGUAAAGCAAGAGGAAGAGGACCACUUGAUCAAGAACAACAGGUUUUACCGUGCUUACGUUGACGACUCCGCUAGACUUGCGACAAUGUCAGCCCCCAAGAGAUGGUUCGCUAAGUUUUGGCACACCGUCAAAUGGUGCACAUGGGAGCUAGGUGAUUUGUUCUGGCUCCUUGAUGUGGUUGGUAUUCUUUUCAUCAUAUGUGUCUUUGGUUUUAUUUUGGUACCAUUCACUCUUGCUGGUGGUGUUCAAACUCAAUGGAAGAAGGCUUCCACCAUCGCUCCGUUGGUGAUUGGUUUCGUUCUUAUUCCCUUCUUCGCUUUGUGGGAAAUGAAGUUUGCCAAAUUCCCAAUUAUUCCAUUCAAACUUCUUAAGGACCGUGGUGUCUGGGCUGCACUUAUCAUUGCUAUGUUAGUCAACUUAAUUUGGACUUUGCCUAAUGACUACAUGUACACUGUCUUGGUCGUUGGUAUGCACACUUCUGAUAAGGCUGCUAGCAGAAUCACUUCCUUGUACUCAUUUGUCUCUGUUAUCGUGGGUCCAUUGCUUGGUUUGGUGCUUGUCGUCGUCAGAAGAACCAAGCCAUUCAUCAUCUUUGGUUGUGCUACCUGGUUUAUUGCCACUGGCCUUCUUUACCACUUCAGAGGAGCCAACGAUGGUCUCAAUUCUGAGCACGUUAAGGACGGUAUCAUUGGUGCUUUCUGUGUUAUGGGUUUCGGUGCCGGCUUCUUUACUUACACUACCCAGCUUUCCAUUCAAACUUGUACCAACCACGAGUACAUGGCUGUUGUUCUUUCCCUUUACUUGGCUACCUACAACAUUGGCUCUGCUAUCGGGAACAGUAUCUCUGGUGCUAUUUGGACCCAGCUCAUGUAUGAUGAGAUCGUAAAACAAAUGAGCAAAUUGGGUGUUGAUACUGCCCAAGCUGUGACCGCCUACGGCUCGCCUCUUACGUGGUAUUUAGAGCAUCAGUGGGGGUCUGCGCCAAGAAGAGCGGUGGCAAUGGCUUACGCUGCCAUUCAGCGUAAGAUGUGUAUUGCUGCCAUUGUGUUAUGUGUUCCUUUGGUUGUGUGCGCCAUGCUCUUGAGAAAUCACAAGUUGCUUUCUGUCCAAUCCUUGGAUGAAGUUGCUCCAGAUGAUGUCGGCGAGAAAGGUGCUCGCCCUGAAGACAAGGAUAUUGUUAUUGUCAAUAACUACGAUGAUGAUCCUUUCGUUAAAUUCUUUUUGGUCACUCUUCCUAACAGGUUCAGAUCAAACAAGAAUUGA